ACGUCUCCCUCCCUUCGCGCGUAGGCCUCCUUUGGUUUCAUCUUCCUCGCUGCUCUUUUCCGAUUCAAAACUCCAACCCCCUCUCCCCUCUCCCCAAACCCCCAAACCCUACCAUGUCCUCCUCUACCGACGCCAUGGCGUCGCCUUGCUCCCAUGACCAAUUCGACGGUAAGCGCCUCUCCCCACAGCCCAUCCCUAACCCUAGCCCCAGCCCAGAUCCUAUCUCCGCCGCCUCCCGCCGCAGAACCAGACCGUGAGACGGUGCUGAACUACGUUUUCCAGGCGACCUCCGACGACGAGCUCUCCAUCUUCAAGGAGCUGGUCACGAUAAUACUGGACAAUGGCAGGGGCCGCCCCAAGGAAGCGAUUGAGGAAUUGAGGGUGGAAGAUGUCGGGCAGCUUGAAGGUUUCAGUGCGCUGCACAUUGCGGCCAGUAAAGGGAGUCUGGGGGUGUGCAGGUACCUCGUCGAGGAGCUGCUGGUAGAUGUGGAUCUGGUCGACAAGGAAGGUAGAACACCUCUCUUGUUUGCAACAUACCACAAUGGGGGUACUGCCGAAUAUCUUCUUGAUCAUGGCGCUAAUCAAGACAAAGCUGACCACGAUGGGUCUUCCCUGUUACAUUAUGCCGCUGAAUUAGGCAAUUGUGAAAUGGUAGAGCUUUUGCUUGCAAAAGGAGCUUAUGUUGACCCGGUGUCUGCUUAUGGAACACCACUUCAUGUUGCUGCUGGUAAAGGGCAUUAUGGUGCUAUGAAGAUUUUACUGGACCACAAUGCAGAUUACAACAAGAUGGUAAAUGGCGUGACACCUCUUAUUGUUGCUACAGAUGCCAAGUCAAUGAAAUGUAUCAAGCUCCUAGUUAAGGCUGGUGCCAAUCUCAAGGAAGCUGCAGCAUAUACAACUCUCCACGCGGAAAAAGUGGUUUCAGAUUAAUUUCUCAAUUGCAUAAUGGAGGAUGUUGAUGCCAACCGUGAUGUUCCUUUUUAUCAGGGGCCUAUGCUUAAACGGAAAAUCAUGACAUCAGGGCUUAUAUCACGAGGGAGCAACUCUUUAAAGAACAAGGAUUAUGUUGUCGCAGCAAAAUUGUACAGUAAGGCAAUGGUGCUUGAUGCUGAUGAUGCAGUCUUGUUCUCAGACAGGAGCCUUUGUUGGCUUCAACUGGGUGAUGGAAAAAAGGCUUUGCUAGAUGCUAAUAGAUGCAGAAAAAUGCGGCCUCACUGGCCAAAAGCUUGUCACCGGCAGGGUGAAGCUCGGAUGCUACUGAAGGUUACAUAGAGGAUAUGGCUGCCUUUUCCUCCUGGUGCCGCAAAUAGUUUAUGAUCAUUCACCUGGUCUUUUAUCAUCAGGACUAUGAGGGCGCAAGUGAACGGUUCUUGGAUGGACUCAAGUUGGACCCAGUGGACACUGAUAUCGAGGCUGCAUUACGGGAAGCUAUGAAGUCCUUGAAGACGUCUAGGUCUCGGAGCAUGAGAGCCAAUUGACUAUUUGGGUGUUGCAGGGAAGUCAGUUGAAGACUUGAAAUGGGUCAGCAGGAGUUUCUACGUUUGCGCAAAGACCGUUUUCCGUUCGAAAGUAAAAACGACAUGUCUGACGGACCGUGGUAUGACUGUUGAUGCAUGCAGUAGCAGUACCCGGUGGAGACUCUCCAGUUGCCAUCUAUCGUGUAUCAGGCUCUUAUGUCAGGUUUUUGGGUCUUCGACGAAGCUCACUCGUCUGCGGCGUCAACCGAAUGAUCGCAGCCUCCGCAUUGGUCUUGUUGCGGUGUUGCUGAAUUCCCUCACUGCUAGUGUUUUUACUACUCACGUUGGUACAAUGCAGUCACGACAGAGAAGAGGGGGAUGUUUUGUUGGUUUUGUUCGCCCUGUGGGUGCAGAAGAAGAUGAGAGCUAGCAGGAGCUUGCUGGCUACGGUUUGGCGGCUGCUAUCUGUUGUUUUUCUGAACUCGGUUGGUUGCUGUGUGAGGUGGUUCGGACAAUGUAACGAUGAUUUCAGAAAUCAGGGAGUAAAUGGCAAAAAACUACUGCUUUUUUUAA